GAUAGCGCUUUUGGUCUGCUAUGGUUGCAGCAUGGCUUCUGUGCUACUGAGUGAGGCGGAGAAAGUGUACAUCCUGCAUGGAGUCCAGGAUGAUUUACGGUGUGAUGGCCGAGGCUGUGAAGACUACCGGUGCAUUGAAGUUGAGACUGAUGUGGUCUCAAACACUACUGGGUCUGCACGUGUGAAAAUUGGUCACACAGAUGUUUUAGUUGGAGUUAAAGCUGAAAUGGGGACACCGAAGCUGGAAAGUCCAAACGAAGGAUACCUUGAGUUCUUUGCUGACUGUUCUGCAAAUGCCACUCCAGAGUUUGAAGGACGUGGAGGAGAAGAGCUUGGCACAGAGAUAGCCAAUGUGCUGUAUAAAAUAUUUGACAACAAAAGUAGCCUGGACCGCAAGUCUCUCUGUAUCCAGCCUAGGGAGCACUGCUGGGUUCUUUAUGUUGAUGUCUUGCUUUUGGAGUGUGGUGGAAACCUAUUUGAUACAAUCUCUAUAGCUGUGAAAGCAGCCCUUUUUAAUGCAAGGAUUCCCAAAGUGCGCAUAUUAGAAGAUGAUGAAGGAGCCAAAGAUUUUGAGCUAUCAGAUGAUCCUUACGACUGCAUGCGUCUGAAUGUUGCUAACGUCCCCUGCAUUGUCACACUAAGCAGAAUUGGACACCGACACAUAGUAGAUGCCACAUUACAAGAGGAAGCCUGUUCCCUGGCUAGUCUCCUUGUCUCAGUGACCAGUACAGGAAUCCUAACUUUCAUGAGAAAGCUAGGCAGAGGCAGUCUGGAUCCAGAAAGCAUCUUUGAGAUGAUCGAGACAGGAAAGCGUGUUGCAAAAUCAUUGCACGUUUCCCUACAAAGUGUAUUAAACCAGGAAGAAAGUUUGGGAAAGAAGAGACAGAAGAUUGGAUUCCUAAGAUGAAGACUCUAAAUGUGUUAUAUUUCUACGGAAAUUAAUAAAAUGACAUAUUUUUUCAGACA